CUGCUAGAAAAGGUGAAACUUUCGUUCGGGGACCAGCUCCUCGUUGGAACAAAAGUUCAAGACAACCAGGAGAUGGAAUUUUACGACGCUGUGGGGAAGAGCGCAGAGUGGCAGCUCACCAGUUCGCAUGCACUAACGGCAGUUGAACUCACUAACCAAACUGCACGGACAUUGCAGAUUGCAGUAACCAAGCUACUGAAAAUCGAAAUAGUGACCCUACUAGCGACGUCUGAUGUGAAUGCCACCGUGGACACACUACUCUUCAUUAAAGGGCUGGAAGUUGUGGCCGUGACCGCGGAGUGCGAGGCCUACAAUUGGAAUAGGACGGAAGAGCUUCCUUCCAAGUGUAGAAGUGAAGAGGCGGCUACAACCAGUCAUCUCGCUACGGCCGCUGGGCCCCGAUGACUCAAGUGGACCAGGCUUGCGAGCUUUGACAGCAACCUCGAUCAUUGGGUCAGAGGCUGAGCCACUGGAAAGUGGAAUGUCUGUGCAAUACACCGAGGACCACGGCAGUUACGACGUGGCGAAGGUGGCACCGUCUAAAUCUGCCAGGCGUCAGCGGAAGAGCUCCGGAAGUGGGUCAAGCAUCAGUGUCGGGAAAAGGCCCGCUCCCACAAAAUCCAAAAGUCCUCCGAAAUGACAAACUGGCACCCGCCGGAUGCCCAAUAAAUGUC